AUUAAUUAGUAUUUUCUCACUUGUGAAUAAAAAGAAGAUAUCUUUAUAAAACCUGUCAUUUUUUUUUAAAAUUUCUUUAUUUAUUUAUUUAUUAAAAAUUAAUGGUUGUUUUUACAAUAUUAUAGUCUGUAAGUAUUAUCAUUUACAUUUUUAUUGUGUUUUAAAAAUUGAAUCGUCUUUAAUAAAAAAAUUAGUAAUGAAUAUAAAAUUUGUUCGAAAUUUAACAUAUCAUUAAUUAGUUUUUUCUCAAAAUUUAUAAACAAACAAUUUCAACAAAAAAAAACAUCAUUAUAGUUGUCGUUUUCAUUUGUUUUUAGUGAUUAUUAUCAUUUUUUUAAAGAAGUUGUCGUUUUCAUCAAUUUUUCUAUUAUUUUUGUUUUUUUUUUUAUGAAAUGUGUCGUUUUUCCAAAUUUUCACUUAUUUUUAUUAAUUUUUUCGAUUUCUUUUCUUUUCUAGACAAAAAAAAUUAUAGUUAUUAUAUUAUAUAAAUUUAUGCUUGUAAAAGUUAUAAUGGUUAAUCUAUCAGUUUUAAGAUUUUCAUAGGCAUCUGUUUUCUGUCUUUCCAUAAUUAUUGUCGUUUUUAUCGUUUUCCUUAUUUUCUUGAUUUCCUCUACAAUACUUGUCGUUUUUAUAAAUUAUUGUCGUUCAUCAUAAUUUGUGUCGUUUCUAAAAAUUAUUGUCGUUUCUCAUAGUUGUGGUUUUGACAAUUUAUAGUCGUCAUUAGAAGUCGUGUCGUUUCCAAUAAAACCUGUCUUUUUUUAUCAUUUUUCUUAAUUUCCUGAUUUCCUAUAAAGUAACUUGUCGUUUUCAUAAAUUAUUGUCGUUUAUCAAAAUAUUGUCGUUUAUCUUUAUUUGUGUCGUUUAUAAAAAAUAUUGUCGUUUUUCAUCAAUGCGGUUGACAAAUUAUGGUCGUUUCCAGCAAAACCUAUCGUUUUAUAAUUUUCUUUGCAAAACCUGUCGUUUUCAAAUAUUAUUGUCGUUUAUCAUAAUUUGUGUCGUUUAUUAGAAUUAUUGUCGUUUUUAGUUUCAACAGAUUAUGAUCUAGAAUUUGUGUCGUUUCCAACAAAAACUGUCGUUUUUCCAUUAUUUUCACAUAAUUUGUGUCGUUUUAUCAAAUAUUGUCGUUUUUAAUAAUUUUUGUUGUUUUAUCAAACAUUGUCGUUUUCCCCUUCUCUGACUCGUUUUCAUCGAACACUAUAAUUUUUUUCACAGUAAACACAAAACGAAGAAGACGAACAAAGGAGAAGAAAAGAAAAUUCAUUCAUCAAAAUCCAAAAUCUUCUCAAUAACAACAACAAGAAGAUCAAUCUAAUCAACAAUGGAGGAUGAAUUUCAGCAAUUACUUCUCAAAUCCAUCAUCAAUUCUGGGGUACAUCUCUCACCCGAAAUUUCUUCAAUCAAAGACCUCACUCCCUCCGACUUGGUCUCCAUCUCAGCUCAGUCUCUCAAUAUCAUCCACCAAACGGCGUCGUUUCCCACCUCGUUUCCUGACUCAGUAUCCGAUCAGUUCAAGACUUGUACGGAGCUCGCUUUGAGUGUCAGGAAUUUGGGUUACCUUAGCGAUAUUAGCUUUCAUCAGUUCCUUUAUCCAUCUGAAGAGGAUUCGUGUAAGUUAAUCAGAUUUCUGGUGGAGAGGCUUUCUGAAUCGUCCAAAGUUGGUGGAGGAAUUGGUGAUACUAACGAUUCCAUUGAGAGAACUGAAGUGAAUACAGACAAGUUUGAAAGCUAUUUAGAGGAUUAUGUAGAGAAUUCGGAUGACAGUGGAGUGGAUGUUGAUAAUCAGAAAAUUACACCUCACUUGAACGAAACAGCAGAAUCUCUUAAUAAAAAGGCUAUAGUUGAUCUUGACAGUGUAUCGAGCUCCAGUAGUGGAGAAUUCAACACAAAUGAACUGAAUAUUGAAAGGAGUGAGGCGAUUUCGGGUGAGGAAGCUUUGGAUAUUGGAAGAGAGGAUGUAGCUGGCUCGGUUUCUGGCCAGAUCUUAACUUGUUCUAAGAUUGAAAAAGCACAAAGUGAAGAGCUGGAAUUGUUAAAGGCGUCUGCAGAUAUGGUAUUUGAUGAUAACCAACACUCUGUUGAAUUUCACCGAGAGCAACUCGAGGAGAAAAUAGAGUCCAAAAGGAAUCAUCUUAAAGAGUUGAACUCUCAAUGGGAAGAUCUCAAAAAGCCUUUGGAAGAGGAAAAGAGAAGUCUUCAAGAUUCUCUUUAUGGAAAUAACCCCGAAACCAAAGAAAAUCUUCAAAAGCUGAGAGGGAUUGAACAAGAAAUACAGAAUGUCUUAUCUGAAAUUGAAAAGAGGAAGGAUGAACUCUCUGAACUUUCCAAAGAACUUGCAAAGCAGCCUAAAGUGGCAUCAAGGAAAUCGUACAUCGAUCGGGUAAAGGAAAUAACCAAGAACAGCAGGAAACAAGAAAGUGACAUAGAGAAAAUCUUAAAAGAUACAAGGGAGCUUCAAUUAGAAAGUAAUUCCAUCCAAGAGCGUCUUCAUAGGACAUAUGCUAUUAUCGAUGAGAUAGUUUUCAGGGAAGCUAAGAAGGAACCAGUGGGAAGGCAGGCAUAUAGGCUCCUUACAAGCAUCCACGAGAGCUUUGAACAAAUAUCCGAGAAAAUGCUGGCAACUGAUAGAAUACGAAGAGAGGUGUUGGAACACGAAAAGAAGCUUGCAGCCAUGGCAUCGCGAAGCUUCAAUGUAGACAAACUACAGUCUGAUAUUGAUGAUAUUAGGAAGGAAAAUGAGUACUUAGAGAAAUGCAUCCAAGACAAAGUGAAUGAGUGAGUGGAGUGAAUCCCUUGUGUUUUUGUUUGUAUACCAACCACAUUACAUUCUUUCAAUUAAUCAAUGGCCAUUGUCUUGUGAAAUUAACAUUGUGGUUUUACACUCUUGUAUCUUUUUCUAUACAACUUACAAAGUGGAAUAAAUAGUGAAAAUUCAAAACUUCU